AUGCUGGACUUUAUCAAACGCGCCCUGCGCAGUCCGGCGCCAAAAUUGUACGGCCUUGACCAUGCCAUUCUCAAUGUCGAAUUCCCGCCACAGACCAUGUGGAUGAACAUGGGGUACUGGGAGCAUACCAACAACUUCCCAGAGGCAUGCGAAGCACUGUUGGAGCAGGUAUUGACAGCAGCUCUCUCAAAAGAAACAAAAUCCAUCAAAAUUCUAGAUGUCGGCUGUGGCUGCGGUGAUCAAUCAUUAUAUCUUCUGGAAACGCUAGGCAGCCAAAAUGCCAAGAAUGAAGAGCCCUCACAUCUUCAAAGUCAAGACCCAAAUCAAAAUUUCCGCCACCGCUCGACAAAUAAAUCUCUCCCCAUUUUAACGUCUUAUCUGGGCAUAACACUAGAACCCGCCCAAGCCGGCCUCGCAAAAAGCCGAAUCAAUCAAUCGAACCCCUCAAUCCCAGCAAAGAUUUUCUGUGGGAAUGCAUCAAUCCCCUCGAACUGGCCCGCAGAGCUAUCUUCCCUGGUCAACACGAGCAAUGAUUCAAAAGACGAAUCAACUUGGCUCCUGGCUCUGGACACAUUAUAUCACUUCCGACCUUCGCGCGUUCCUCUCUUGGCCCAUGCGGUUACUUUACAAGCCUCGUUCAUGGCUUUUGAUCUUUUGAUUGGGGAGAGUGUGACUUGGUGGGAAAAGCUAUUACUGCGGAUCGUGUGUCUGGGGACAAAUGCGCCGUUUGGGAAUUUCAUCACUGAGAAAGAGUACGUAGAUAUGCUUGUUGCGGCUGGGUAUGAGAGGGAUAAGAUUGAGGUGAGGGAUGUGAGUAAAUUUGUUUUUGCGGGACUGGCGGGUUUUUUGGGUGUGAGGAAGGAGUACGGAAUGCCUAUGGGGAAGUUUGGGAUGGCGAGACGGGUUUUCGACUGGUGGGCUGUUAGGGGGGUUGUUAGAGGAGCUGUGGUUGUUGCUAGGGUGUAG